AUGACAUUGGUGCCAGUCCCCAGCCCAGUCAGAUUCACAGAGCUCUUUGACGCCGUAUCAGAGCCGUUUGGGCCUGAAGCUGCUGAUGUCCUGUCAGAGGGAGAGGCUCAGAGCUGCUGCCGCCCGGAAUGUGAGGGAGGGAGACCGUUAGAACAAUGGCUCCACAGCGGGGGGCGUGGUCCGGGAACGCCGCGAGAGGCUGGAGUGGGGGGCGUGGUCCGGGAACGCCGCGAGAGACUGGAGCGGGAGAUGGAGAAACACGGAGGCGGCCGCGGCGUCCGGAAACUAGCGGGAAAAGACCUGGAUCCACAGAUUAGCACAAGUUUACGUGUCGGGAAUCUUUUAGGAAUAUCAACGUCCAAUUAG